AAGAAAAUGUAAUGUGUAUAAAUCUCGGCAUCGUGGGCGCCAUGUUAGUCUGGUUCCGCCGAGGCAGUUAGUGCCACUAUGUGUUCCGGGGACUUUGAUUUCAAAUAUAUAUCACAAUGGCGUUAAAUCCAGUAUUAACACAGGACGUGCAUACAAAGCAACUGCUUCCUCUUUGUGACAGUGGCGAGUUUCUUUUGAUGCAUCGUCCUUAUACCAAAUUCGAGCUGAAAAUAAGUGAUCGGGUCAUGAAAGGAAGUGGCGACACUUUCGUCACGACACACCGAAUUGUUUUUGUGAAAAACAAGGACAAAAAAUUCAACGAGCAAUUUUCCAGCUUAUCACUCCCGUAUGCUUUGAUUGACGAACCUCGAUUUAGGCAGCCUGUAUUUGGUUCUAACUAUCUUGAGGGCGUUAUCAAACCGGAUAGCAGCGCUACUAUACCAAUUAAGGAAACUGGAAUGUUCUAUAUAUACUUCGACAGGGGUUGCGGGAUGUUUCUAAAGGGUUUCUAUAUGUCUUACGCGCGUAUCCGCAACAACCCGGCGUACACUGUCAACGCUCAUCCAUUUGCCAGUGGUUCUGAGUUAGGCAGUGCCUUCGUUGAUCCUAACGACCCUACUCAUGUCUAUAUAGCUCAGCCUGAGACAUCGGACCCCGUUGAUGUUUCAAAGGGAGAUGAGCCGGGUGAAUCCGCGGAAACAGAUGCUGAAGGUACCAACAAGGACGACAAGAAGCAUCCCGGAUGGGUUGGAGGUGCCUCUCAGGCUGCAAAAACCAGUACUAGUAGCUGUCCGUUAUGUUUUUGAUUUAACAUAUAUUUUAACAAUAAUGUGUAGCA